AUGAAGGGAUCGUUUCUUUCCCUCGCGCUCGCGCUCGCAGCGCCUUCUCAGGCGUACCUCCGAUUCGGAUGUGCUACCCUUAGUGUCCAGCGCCUGGACCCUCUCGUCGAACCCGGCGUUGUCCCUUCGGCCCACCUCCACCAGAUCGUCGGUGGAAAUGGCUUCAACGCGACUAUGGACCCAAAGACGGACGUCAGUCAGAGGGCUACUUGCACGACCUGCACCUUCAACGAGGAUUUCUCGAACUACUGGACUGCUGUUCUAUACUUCAAAGCCCGCAAUGGAACGUACAAGCGUGUGCCCCAGUACCCCAACGCCUUGCUCGGCAACAUUAAGGGUGGAAUGACCAUCUACUACAUCCAGGAGUCAUUCAACUCGAACGGAAACCAGAAGAUCACAGCCUUCAAGCCUGGCUUCCGCAUGACGGUUGGAUCACCGCAGAGCAAAGACGGCUCCAACCCCGGCCUUCGUUAUACCUGUCUGCAGGACGUCAUGACGAGGUUCCCCGAGACCGCCGACUUCCCGAAACAGCCGUGCAAGGCCGGUAUUAUGGCUAUCCACCACUUCCCAGCAUGCUGGGACGGAAAGAACCUCGACAGCCCCAACCACCAAGACCACAUGUACAACACGAACAAGGGCGCAUUCACGCCCGCUGGUCCUUGCCCGGCGUCUCACCCGGUCCGUAUGCCCCAGGUCGCCUACGAGACCAUGUGGGACACAACCCCGUUCAACGACAAGAGUCUCUGGCCCGCGGACGGUUCUCAGCCGUUCGUCUGGAGUUACGAGGACAGCGUCGGCUACGGCACCCACGGCGACUACCUCUUCGGCUGGAAAGGCGAUGCCCUCCAGCGCGCCAUGGACUCCAAGUCCCUUCUCAGCAACGGAAUCACGACCCAGAGCGUCGACCAGGCUAACAAGUGCACCAUCAAGAGCACUGUCAACGAGGAUAUUGACGGAUGGCUCACUAGUCUCCCUGGUAGGCACAUGGACAUGUAGAAAAGCAAAUAGGCUUGGCUUAAGG